UUGGGCGAAGAUUAUCAGAAUUAUUGGGGUCUGCACCAGGCUUUUUGAGAAUUGGAAUGAGAGAAGCAGUUUUCAAAGAUGAAGGAACAAUUCAAGCGUUAAGGGAAGAGUGGGUAAUACUAGUUAUGAGAGGAGCCAAUGAGGUAAGACAGGCUUUAACUAAAACAGUGGGAAGAGGGUCAAGCUGACAAGUGGAUGAUUUUGAUUUUUGAAUAAGAUUUGAUACAUCAGCUAUGGAGCGAAGAGUAAAACUUGAAAAUAACUGACAGGAAGACAGUGAGGAAAACAGAAAGGCUACUGCAGAGUUAAGUUGUUGGUGAAUAUCAGAGAUUUUAAUGAGUGAAAAAAAGAUAUAAGAGAGUUGCAGAAGUCAGCAGAGUCCAUAUGAGAGGGGAAUGAGUCCAGAGGUUUUGUAAUUUACUAAACAAUGAAAAGAGAGACCUGGAGUUACUCUCACUGGGACUGAUUAAACCAGAAUAGUAUGCAGACUUGGCUGAAGCAAUGCAGUCCAAUACAACAAGAUAUGGUUGUUAUACAUUUCUUUGUGUAUGGUAAGUCCGGUUUUCUUGAACAGACGUUCCAGUUGGCGUCCUUUAGCUUUGAGAUGGCGCAGGAUAAGAGUAACCAUGGUGCUGAACAGGAAAAUGAGACAGUUCGGUGUUUAAGUGGAGCAAAUAUGUUAAGAAGGGUAUGGAGGUUGACAUUAUAGUAAGAAACAAGUUCAUCAGGGGAUGAGGAGCUGUGAAUAAAUGGAAGGUUGUAAAUGGCAGAUGAAAGAUCAGCAGGGUUAAUAUUACUAAUUUUCCUAAAUGUGAUGUCACGAGGGUGACAGAGGGUACACGUUUUGGAAGCUGUUGUAGUUACAGUAAAAGAAAUAAACCUAUGAUCAGAUUUGGGAAACAGACUGGCUUUACUGUGAUGUGGGGGUAACGCCAGAUAUGACCUUUAGAAUGAGUAGAAAAUUUUAUGUAUUGUAGAAACCCCAAACUUAACAAGCUCCUUAUUUGGUACAUGUAAUAGUGGGAGUAGAUCCAAAGAGCUGUACUCCAAUGUAUUCAAAUGAGUGGAAGGGUGGGGCGGAGACAGGGAGAAUGUGGCUGAAGACCAGCUGCAAAGUUCAUGGUUCAUUAUUAUUUUUACUGAUGCUGGCUAAGAGCAGCUAACAGAGAGUCAGUUAUAGCAGAUAACAGAGAUUAACUGCAACUAACAGAGGCUAACAGCAGCUAACAAAGGCCAGUGGAAUCUAACAGAGGCUAACAGCAGCACACUGAUAAAAAAAGUAAAGGAUAUUAUCUACAAUUCACCUCAGUAUUACUGUCCUUGUACAGAAGUGAGCUUUACUGUCUUUUCGGCUCUUUUCAGACUGCUUUCACAACUUUUACAGCCUGUUCCAGGCUAGAUGUGGCCAUAUACUGAGAGGUGAGGUAAACGGCACAUACUACAGAUGAACAGUUUGCCCUACUGUGGCCACCAUAAUUAGGAUUAUGCCCUUGAAGUGCCUUGCACACAGAAAUUUCUCCAGAGUCGCAUAAGUCAUUACACAGAGUAGUACAAAUAUUAGAGGAUUACCGAGGCAACCAGAGCAUGUCCUAUGAAUGUCCAGUGUGACGGUGUGCCCACCCAUCAGGAAAUCAAAUCGCUUCCUCUGUGGAUGAUCCAUAAUUAAAUGAUGAGAGUAGAACUUCAUGCAACAAUAACUUCAAUCACAAUCACAGCCCGAAACAUGCCCUGGCUUCUGUGACUCUAAUGGGACAAUGGUAAAGAUCUAAAGGUAACUGAGACCAUAAAUUCAUCAGAGUGGUGUACAGUGGGCUCAUUUGCUUCUCCUUCUCCUUAUAAUCAUAUUAGCUGCUGUAGUAAAAUAAAUACCAGAUCAAUACAGUAAAAAUAUUUGCAUUAUACACUCAGACUUCUUUUUACAAGCAGACUGAUCACCAAAAUCUUUUUUUUUUCUGGGGAACAUGAAUGCUCUUUAAAAUUUCAUGAUAACCCAUCUGAUAGCCCCUGUUUGGAAUCAAGGGCCAGAUUUACUAAGUGAGGCAAAAAUAGGAGCACCUGGUUUUACAGAUGAUUUACGAAAGUUGCUUUUUCUAAACACAGUUAAAGUUAAUUUCAGCAUGACGUGCCCAAUCUGCCAAAACCUGCACAAUUUGGCUUGUUAAAAGGAAUCAGAAAAGUACAUAAGCAAAGGUCACAGAUGCUCUCAUGUUGACCACAAUGGUGAAAAUAAGGAGAGGACCUGGAGUUCUGCACCUGAACUGGAGGUCCUAGUUGACCGAAAAAUCUGAGCAUUCAGUCUGGCUGUCAGGGAACUAUUUGGGAAUCGUUUUUAGAAAGGGUGAAUGCAGCUCCACUGAAGAAAUUAAGACAGGUGGAAUGAUUAAGGCAACUCACAAGACCAAAAACUGUGUACAAGGCAUCAGCAGAGGAGACGGUUGGAUGUCCUGUGGGUGAAGUACCAAAACAGUUGAGAUCUGAACAGGUAACAGGAGUUACCUCCGGUUCACAGAGCUGGCAGCAGUGGCAUCUGGUUUAGCAAAAAUCGGUGGCUCAACAAUCAAAACAUGAAAUGCUGUGCUCUGGUCUUACCUAAAGGCCAACUACUUUCCAUCCCCAGUUUUUUAAAAUGCUUGCUCUUCUCGUCAGUCACAUCAGGACCUGGGACCAGGCAAAUUAAAAUAAAGGCCUUGAAAUUCCUGCCACAGUAUUUUGGAAAGAACUGACACCAAAAAGUGAAGAACUGGAAGAAGUUUUGUUGCUGGUGUUGUGUGACUCACUGAGAAAAUUCAGAAUGGGAUGGUUUACAUUUUUAUCACAUUGUUGUCUGGCUUUCCAAUUAAAUUGACUUCAAUGGAGAAAUGUCUCACUUUUCUAACACGGAGUCUUUAAUCUCUGCAAUGCCUCCACACAGCAAUAACUGCCAUCACAUCAAGCUUCUUUCCAGUGUUGAAUAUCGCUGCAAUUAGCAAUAAAACAGGUGUCGCGAAAGUUAAAUCCAACUGUGUGCUUGAUUGAAAUAUUCUUCUCUCUAUAGUUUUGACCUUGACAAAGGAACUCCCAGAAAUACAUAUUUAAAGAGUCAGUUGCAAAAAUCCCAGAGUUCCCACCUCUAACACAUAAUUUUAUCAAUCUCACCAAAACCAAGUUUGUGCUGGUGCAACACACUAAAGCUUGUAAUCAAGUCCCUUACUUCUAUUUUGGCCUCACAGUUCUUCUCUUAUAAGAUUUAUAUUUGACCAUUUUAAACUGUUAAAAAUUCCAGAACAAAAAAACCUAACCCUAAGAUGUGUACUGACACUCUGAUCGCUGUUCAGAGGUUAAAGAACAAUCUGCACGUGGAACCAUUAAUAGCUCAACUAAUAAACAUGGAACAUACUCUAAAAAUAACACCCUGUACUUCAGCUGUUUCUUCCCAGAGACUUUGUGUUUUUACACGUACCCACUAUAAUGUGCUGUAUAUAAAUUCAAAGUAGAGCUCAGAGUGGAGUUUCUACCCUACUGUAUACUGACUUCGAUCAUAAAUAUACAUGACUCAGCCGUUUGAACGGCUUUGCACGGGGGAUCUUGACCCACACUUCUUCAGUUAUUGUGAUACAGGCUUUAAAAGAACCCGACCCCAACAUCUAGAACAGACCACCAGCCUGCUGUACGAAUGGUCUCUGGAAAGUUUCAUUAAUGAUUGAGGGGCUAAUUGAGCGAGACAGAGUCUUCAUCAGCAUAACGUUGGUGGUACAUUCUGAACAAGCUUUCCUGAGGAUAAUGAGGCAAUAAGGCUCUGUUUUUUUUGCUCUCUCUCCCUCUCUUCUCACAGAGACAUGGAUCAGUCAACAAUGAGCCAAGACCGAGGAUAGAUAGAUAGAUAGAUAGAUAGAUAGAUCCCGAAGAAGACUAUAGUUAAGGAGUAGACUGGAAGGAGCUGAGAUGAUGCCAGACAAACCUGAACUGAUCCUCUUCUGCCACAAAUAGCCUUCAACGGUUCAUCAUGGGGUUGAGCCAAACCUCCAGCAUCACCCCAGACAUCAGCUUGCUGGCGGAAGCUGUGGCGAGCAACCAUCUCAACACAUCAGGCGCCUCGCACACCUCUUCACUACCUCUACCGUCAUGCAGCAUCGAUGAAUCCUACAAAUAUGUCUUCCUACCCGUCUGCUACUCGCUGACCUUCCUUUUCAGCCUUACCCUGAACUCGGUGGUGCUCCUGCGCUCCUGCUGGCAUCAUGGACGACGUUGGAACACUUCACUGAUAUACAUGGUGAACUUGGCCACCACUGACUUGAUGUACGGCCUGUCUCUGCCCUUUCUGGUGGCGAGCUAUGUGCUGAGGGACUGCUGGGUGUUUGGGGACUUCAUGUGCCGCCUCGUACGCUUCCUGUUCUACUUCAAUCUCUACUGCUCUAUCUUCUUCCUCACCUGCAUCUCUGUGCACAGGUAUCUGGGGAUCUGUCAUCCGAUGAGGACCAUCACACUGGAAAGUAAGCGGGUGGUGAAGGGGAUCUGUGCAUUAGUUUGGGUGGUGGUCUUCAUUCUCACCUGCCCCAUCUUCAGGUUCGCCCAGACCGGAUACGUUAGGCGUAGAGCUGGUGAGGCUGUAGAGCCUGGAGAAGGGAGCGAUGAUGGUAACAGGACUGGAGACCAGGUUGGCGAUGGGUACAUAAACUGCUGGGAUGAUGCCAUAGAUAAGGAGUUUGCAGACUACGUCCCAUAUGGCAUUGUUCUCCACCUUUUAGGCUUCUUUGUGCCCUUCGUCAUCAUCGCCUGGUGCUACUCCCAUGUGGUCCGGACAAUAUUUCAGACCCUGCGCUCUCCUCCCAGUUCAAUAGAGGGUGGCGAGGAUGGACCGGUGGGUGAUGGGUCUGUGGAAGGAGUUCGAGGGCGCGAGAGAACCUCCGUCUCUAUUUCUGGCUCACAGUACUCACACUACAUCCGCCGCCGGCGGAAAUCCAUUAAAACCAUCGUCACCAUCACACUGCUGUUUGCGCUCUGCUUCCUACCCUUUCAUGUGACUCGUACGCUCUUCUUGCUCCUACGGCGGGGACAGCUUGGCGGCUGCAAUGCCAUGAAGACCGUCUCCAUCUGCUACAAGGUCACCAGACCUCUGGCCUCCUGCAACGCAUGGCUCAAUGCUCUGCUCUACUUCCUCACGGGCGAUAAAAGUGGCCCCAGCUGCUGGCCAGCAGAACGCACCAUCCAUCGAGACCGCCGUAAUGGCUCCCUCUGGUGGCCGCUGAAGAUCCUCAAAAGAGAUGGAGUGGGAGAAGACGAUAACGAGGUGGCCGAGAGGGUUGAAAGGGAAGUGCACAUAGAGAACGAGUCCAAGUCCUCCAGAGUCAUCUUCUAGGAUGCUAUAGAUCCUCAGUGGGUCAAAGGCCACAUGAAUGACAAGGGCUGGAAAUGUGGGAUUGCUGUUUUUUAUUUGAGGAUGUCUACAGACUCCUCAUUGCACCACACAUUUACUGACUGCUUCUGCAGUGCAACUGUAAGUCUCAUUAAUGGCAUUGGUAAUUUCUUGAGAAACAUUUCCAACUUGUUCAAGCAUAGAACUUUUAAAAAAAACAAUAACUGCUAAAAAGAAACAGGAACUUCUUUCUUGGGCAGAGUUUGAUUGGAUUUGCAGUAUAUAUGCAGCAGUCAGUCUGAAUACUGGAAUUGUUUUUAAAAUGAAAAAGGACCAACAAACUGAUGGAGGAGAUGGUGUUUAUUUCAAAUAAUCUGUAACUGAAUUAUAAACAAAGCUGUCAAAUUGUUAAGUCACAAUAUUCUAACAGAAAUUCUGAUAUAUUUUUUCUUAAUUUUGUGAUUUGAGCUCCUGAAUUGUUGAUUUCAUGACCAGUUGCAGACAAUGGCUGCAGCAAAGUGAGCUUGGUUCCGCUGGAGGUCUUUUCCUCCCCACUAUUGCCAAGUGCUGCUUCUAUGGGAUCAUCUGAUUGUUGAGGUUCUCUCUUUAAAAUAGUAGGCUAUGUACCUUAAGUGCAUUAAGAUGAGCGCUAUAUACUUAAAGUAAAAGCUUUUCCGUGUUGAUUUGCCCGUUGAUGCUCUCGGGCUGGAUGAUUUUAAAAUGAUUAGCUACCUGCACAAAUCUGUUUUUAUUUAUUCUAUUUAUUUCUUUGACUUUGGGAACCGGUCUCGAGCCCUGUAGUGGCUUUCACAAAGCACAAACAUUUCACUUUACAUAGGAAGGAGGGACGAUUUUUUACUUUUAACCGAAUAAAUCAAGAAUUCCAUCAACUCACAGCUGUAUUGUCAAAGCUUGAAGGGAGGGCGGCUCGCGCCUUUCUCCUUCCGCCUUCCUCCCACAGUCCAAACACAUGCAUGUUCAGAAUGCCUGGCUGUCUCAUUGUGCUACACCUGUCCAGGUGUACCUCACCCUUGACAGCUGGAACAGGGUUGUGCACCACAGCGAUGCUGCUGGAUGGAUGGGUUUACAAUGUUGAAAAUAAAUAUGAAUCCUUUUUUAUGUACUUCUUUAUGAAAUAAAUGUUUUCUUCUAUUCUUUCAAACUACAGCAGGAUGAUCACAGCUGACAGGAGAUGCUGUCUCUACCUUUACCUUCUGUACAGUGAAAUUUUUUCAUUGUUGUGCUUUGGGAAAUCUGAACAUUUGUAGAAGCAAAUCUCUCAGAAAAAAGGACGAGAAGAAAAAUAUUUGUGCAUGAAUCCACCGAAGGUCAAAUCUGAUUAAAGCUGCAUGUUAAAUUUCUGUGAAGUAUGUUGAAUUUUAAACAAUAAGGGUACAGAUCAUAAGGACACGGGAGUCCUGACCAAUCAGUUGUUUCUUCUAUGAUGUUAUGUUUAUUAAAAAAAGAGUAGAAACUGCUCUGUGUCCCCUUUAGUCAAACCCACUGAAGUACUUCCUGUUUAUAAAUACACUGCGUUUUCAGCGCUGACGAGUUAUUAAAAUUUUAAAGUGACCGUUAUGAUUUUCCGCUGUGAGGUCAUUCAGCUGUUCCUCGUGGACCUUUGUACCUGCUGACUGCAGCCGUGUCGGCCCUGCUGUUUGGAUGGAACUCCUUCAGGGGCACGCGCUGCAGCUUCCUGUCAUGUUGUUGCAGAGCCUGGGUCACUCUGUGAUAUCACACCUCAUUUCUUUGAUGUUUUUGUGGGACUUUGUCUGGAUUAAAGUGUAUUAUUGAACUCA